AUGAAGGAAAAAAAAAGUUUUCCUAUUAUUAUUGAUGUUGCUGUAUAUCUCCUAUUAACAUGGAUAUGCCUUUUUAGCUAUGAACUUAGUGGAUUUAGUGAAUACACGAAUGAAAAUUGCUAUCUUGAUAAAAUAUCAGACACAAGAAAUUACCGAUUACUAGUAAAAUAUAAUCUAGAUAAUUCAAAUAAAGUAUGCUUAAAAGAAAAGUUUCGAAAUAAUGGAGUGAACGAAAAAAAGGAUAUAUACAAUAACAAAAAGGGGACCAAAAAAAAAAACAAGUAUUCAAGUAGAAAUUUAUUAAAUAAGGAAAAGUUCUAUACAGAGGUUAUUGAUUAUAAUAACGGAAUGUUUGAUGGAAAGCAUUUCCAUUUUGAAAAAAAAUGGAUUAAGAAAAGAAAUUAUGAUGAUUUUGUUGAAAAAAAAAGAAGAAUUUGUGAUAUAUCUUUGAAAAAAAUAAAAUUUAGAAGUUACGGAUUUGGUAUUGUGUUAUUUUUUUUUUUUUUCUUGUUUGGAAUAGGAAUACCCCUAUCGCCUAGUUUUUUAUCGCUUUUGUAUGCUACAGCGCAAGAGUUUAAAAGCAGUGCAUUGGGGCAAUUUUGUAUGAAUGUUUUAAAAAAAUUGUCAAUAAAUAUAAAAGAUCUACCCUAUCUUUUUAUAGUAUUAUUUGUUGUCUUUAUGGUUAUGUUAUCUGUUAUGCUUAUAAUAUCGGUUUAUAAGAUUUUAAGAAAUAAUGAAAAAUAUAAUAAAAUUAAUUUAAUGAAGGAGUAUAAUGAAUAG